AUGAAGGUUAUUGUGGAGAUUCAUUGGCAACAGCCGCGCUUUAUCCCGUGGUGUCACGCAGCUGGACUGGUCCGCAUUGGCGGUCUUGAAGAUCAGGCUCUCAAGCCCCAGCUCCAAAUUCCCGACAUCCUUCGCGGAGUCACCGAGUACCACGCCAUCCUGCAUUCCCGGCUCGACUCGAUUGGAAAGUUCCUCACCCGGUAUGACAAGCCGGGAAAAGAUGGGGAUGGAUUAUCGCUUGUUCCAGCCUCGACCAAUCCAUUCCAGCAAUUCAACAUUCUCCUUCGACCGGCCAAGACUGCGGAGGUCUUGGCGGAUGCAAAGACUCAGAUCUCGGAGCUGCACAAUAUCAUUGCGGGCAACGACUCUGACAUUUUGAGGAGACUGUUGAUGGCGAAUGCCACGGCAUCCCAGGCCCCAUCACCCUUGAAGGAGAUAGUGAAUGCUACCGUUAACAAAGACGGCAGCACCAACGUGGCCGUCAACAUCGGGAAAAUUCGAAACAGCCCCACGCCGCAGAACGACGACUCAUUUGUGAGAAUUCUCUCCGCGUGGGUUCUUGACACUGACCGUUUCGACCUCACCAGUGACCCCUUUCAUCAGGUAACACGGUCCAGAGGCACGGGAACUGCAUCACUAAAGGACGGGCUACCCCGUACAAUACACGUGCUAGUCGAGUUGAAACGCUACUCGCCCGCAUUUGUGGAGAAGGCACUGUUCCGCGCCUUUGACUUGUGUCGACUGCUGGGGAAGAGCUCCGAGGACCAAGGAUUUCACACAACGAGUGCGCUCGGGAUCAUCAGGGAACGCGACCGCGACCGGCUUGGCAUCGUCUAUCUGCACAAAUCGUUCCGGAGCGACAACAUUCUCACUUUCUGCAAGGACUCCACCGACCUGGGAAGCCACAAAUUCGUCAUCACCGGUUUCGACCUAUCCCGCCCGGAUGUCACGGAUGAAUUCUCGGAAAGACCACAGUCGGAAUUAGGCAACGACCUUUACCGCCAUCCAGAAGAUAUCCGUAAUGCAGAGGCUGAGGGAUUGUACAGGAAGGAGUACGAUAUAUACGGCCUCGGCGUCGUUCUCAUCGAAGUUGCGCUGUGGAAGCCCGUCUUGUCGCUCCUGCGCGGUGGCUCAGAGAUGCCAGAGGAGUUUUACACCAGGCUGCGCAGCCCGAUCCUCGAUGAAGACGAGGCCGAGGAGAACUGUCCGCCGAAGCAGGACUCGCGGUUUCUGCAGAAUGUGGAGAGGGAGCGGGCGGUUGAGCGGUGGGUCAAAAUAGACGCCAACGACAGAUUUGCUACUAUUGACGAAAUUGACGAAGCUCAAAAAGCUAGUCAAAAGCCUCCCAAGAAGAGAUCCAAGAAGACCAAGUCCAGGCCUGCACACCUGGUCCAGGAAGCUGAAGAAAUUAUCGCCCGUGGGCUUGAGCAAUAUAGGGCGAUUGACGAGGACUAG